CUAUAUGCCAACGCUAGUGCCGACGUACUUCCGUUUACAACUAAGCCACCGUUGCCAUUUCCGGAAUGCUAUCCCUACCGCUGUUGACAAGCUUGGUGCUGAGGUAAAUAAAUGAUGAAGAAAACAUUUAAAUAUCAACGAUCUAUGGGCUCAACGUCUGAACACUGUUGUGUGCCGAUGUGUCAGGCCUCUGCUAAGUACUUAGUUUCCACACUUUCCCCACGGAUGAAGAAUUAAGACGCAAUUGGUUUGUCGCCAUUCGUAGCAACUUCACGAUAACGCCUCACACCCGGGUGUGUAGCCGGCAUUUUAAGAAAGAAGAUCUUCGUGAACCAGCGUCGGAGAAAGGACGACGGUUGUUGAAAAAGGGAUCUAUCCCAGCUUUGUUUCAAUGGAAUAACUUCUCCCUCCCACCUGUAAGAACAAGUGUUUGGGAGAGGAGAGAUAGACCGCUGCCGCUGGACGAUCACGCCCCCGAACAAGAUGAAGCCAUGGAGGAAGAUUCCGGUGAUCCUGAUCCUGCCUCCGCAGUCGCCGCCGAAAAUACAGCUCUACGAGAGGAGGUUCGCCUGCUGAGGGAACAAGUUGAAAGCCUUAUGAUGAAGCAGAGGUUUGGGAUCCAUCGCUUUGCUGCUUCAGACAAGGACAUCCGGUUCUUUACAAGGUUUGCCUCAUACACGUUGCUGAUGCAGUUCUGGGCCCUGAUUGAACCUGCGGUGCCAUCCAUGGUCAGUGUGAGGCAGGCUCAGAGAGGACAUCUCACUGAGUCGAAGUCUGCGACCCAUUCCCUCCAGCCCAUUGAUGAGUGCUUCAUAUUUUUUAACUAUCUCGCCCUGGGCUCCAAACAACGAGACCUCGCUGACCGGUACAAUGUCCAUCAGUCCACGGUCAGUCGCAUUAUAGCAUCAUGGAGUAAUUUCCUAUACACGGUACUCGGUUCAGUCAGGAUCUGGAUACCACAGGAGCAGAUAGGUGAAUAUUUGCCUGAGGAUUUCAAGGACUACCCUGACACCACUGUAAUCCUUGACUGCACCGAGCUGAAGUGUCAGUGCCCAUCCUCCCAUCUCCUCCAGAGUGAGGUGUUUUCCACCUACAAAUCCCAUUGCACACUCAAAGGUCUAAUUGGGAUUGCUCCACAUGGAGCAGUGACCUUUGUUUCCUCUCUCUAUGCCGGCUCCAUAAGCGAUAAGCAGAUCACAAAGGAAUCUGGUAUCAUCAACCUCUUAAAACCUGACAUGGCUGUCAUGGUAGAUCGUGGUUUUCUGAUAGAAGACAUUGUACCGUGUAAGAUUUACAGGCCAGCAUUCCUCGCUGGGCGGUCUCAAAUGUCUGCUGCUGAAGUUAGGGAGACCCAGGCCAUAGCUCGUCUUAGGGUGCAUGUGGAGCGACUCAUUCGUCGAGUGAAAGAGCACAAAUUUUUUGACACUGAAAUCCCUUUACGGCUUUUUGGGAGCAUCAACCAACUCUAUACUGUUGCGUGUCUCCUCACCAAUUAUGAAAAUGGGCCUCUUGUCAAAGCAUGAGUUAAGAAGCCUGAAGCCUGAGCCAUGGGUAGGAAUGAGUUGCAAAAACAGCUAAAGCUGAAGCUUUUUAUCCUUUUAUUUUACCAGGGAAAACAAGCAUGUUGGUUGUUAAAUAAAUCUAUUAGUAUUAUUACUGUCUAAAA